UCAUAUCAACCCAUAGAUUUAGAGAGAGAAACUGAAAAAGAGAGGUAUAUUUAAUACUCCUAAUUAAUAAAAUAAAUAAAUUCAAGUGUAGUAAAAAUAGCAACAAAGAUUUUAGGAGGGAAAACAAAAUCUCUUUGCAACUACUCUCCUCACUCACUAUUUACUCUACUCUGCCACUCUACUCUAAAAACAGAGAAAAUCUCAGAUUAUAGAGAGAGAAGCUAAACUACCAAAUUUUGGAGAGAGAAAGUGUUAGAUACCAAAUUCCCAGAAAAAAAAACCAUCUUCAAUUUUCACUCACUUCAUUAAAUUUGUACCUAAAAACCCAGAAUUUGACCUAGUUAAGUUCAGAAUUUGAAAAUUCAAAGUUUUGUUUAGAGAGAUAGAGAAAGAUGUUUGCAGCUGAGAAUGGGUUGAGAGGAGAUCCAAGGCUUCAAGCUAUCUCUGAAGCCAUUAGGGUUGUUCCUCAUUUUCCAAAACCAGGUAUAAUGUUUCAAGAUAUAACGACAUUAUUGUUGGACCCAGAAGCAUUCAAACAUACUAUUGAUAUAUUUGUUGACAGAUACAGAGACAUGAAUAUCUCUGUUGUUGCUGGGGUUGAAGCUAGAGGAUUUAUGUUUGGUCCUCCAAUUGCUUUAGCUAUCGGGGCAAAGUUUGUUCCAUUGCGUAAACCAAGAAAAUUACCUGGAGAGGUGAUUUCUGAGUCGUAUGAACUAGAGUAUGGAACCGACUGUUUAGAGAUGCAUGUUGGUGCCGUUCAGCCUGGUGAACGUGCAUUGAUAAUUGAUGAUCUAGUUGCUACUGGUGGUACACUUUGUGCAGCAAUCGGACUUCUUGAACGAGUUGGUGCCGAGGUGGUCGAAUGUGGCUGUGUUAUUGGAUUGCCUGAAGUCAAGGAAAAAUUCAAGCUUAGAGGAACGGCACUUUAUGUUCUUGUGGAGCCGCGCCAGUUAGAAGACUGUCGUUUAAGGUCAAAACUGGAUACGCGGAGAGAGGCUGAGGAUUUUAGUUUAUCGAGUUGAAAAUUUGGAAUCGAAAUGGAGCUUCUUUGAUACCAAACAGAGGCUAAUUGAGCCCUAUUGAAGGCUGAAGGCUGAAGGCAAUGGAAACUGGGGGCACACUCAUUGUUUAUUACUUAAAUCAGAGACUGUACUACUCUUACCCUUCCCAAAAAAAAACACAGAAAGUUUGUAUUCAAUUCAACUUAUAAGUGAUAAUGCUCCUAAAUAUGUUUGUUUCUGUUUAUUAGUAGACGUUUAUUGAAUCCUGGUGCUCGUACCAUGGUUUUGAUGUCGAAAUUUUAAUUCUCGAACAGGAUUACAUUCAUAUUUAAUUGAUCUUGUAUUGUUGUUCCGUGGA